CACUUAUUUGCAUUUCUUUUUCUUUCUUUAAUUCACAUUUCUCUCCUCCCUCCUCCUCCUUCUCUCCCGCCUGUUUAACAAGUCGUCGGAUUUUCUCCACCGUCCGAUGCACAUACUUUGACUCCUCCCUCCUCCAAAACCCUAACAAUUCAACGAUGGGACUUUGCUGCAGCAAGAACGUCGCCGUUUCCGAGGCCGACAACAAGCCCGCAGCCGCCCAACAGUCAAAACACUCGCCAGUGGCGCCGGUGCCGCCCAGCUCCAGACCCGGCGAUGCUCACUCCGGCAAGCACACUCCGGCCAACUCCUUCUCGGCCAGUCCGUGCCCGAGCCCGCUUCCCGCCGGAAUUGCGCCGUCGCCGGCGAGGACACCGGGGAGGAAGUUCAGGUGGCCCUUACCUCCUCCGUCUCCGGCGAAACCGAUCAUGGAGGCGCUUCGACGGCGGCAGGGGCGUGAGGUGAAGCCAAAGGAUGGGCCGAUACCGGAGGAGCAUCCAGGGGGCGUGGAAGGCGAGGGAGGAGAGAGAGUACUGGACAAGAGCUUUGGGUAUGGGAAGAACAUUGGGGCAAAGUUUGAGCUGGGGAAGGAGGUGGGUCGAGGGCAUUUUGGCCAUACUUGCUGGGCCAGGGGGAAGAAAGGAGAGCUCAAAGGACAGCCGGUCGCCGUCAAGAUCAUAGCCAAAGCGAAGAUGACAACGGCAAUAGCUAUUGAAGAUGUUCGCAGAGAGGUGAAAAUACUGAAAGCAUUAGCUGGACAUAAGAAUCUGGUCAGAUUUUACGAUGCGUUUGAGGAUGACCAUAACGUCUACAUUGUCAUGGAGUUGUGUGAAGGUGGAGAACUACUGGAUAAGAUUUUGUCGAGGGGUGGAAGAUACACAGAAAAGGAUGCUAAAACUAUUGUUGUGCAAAUUUUAAGUGUUGUUUCCUUCUGUCAUCUCCAAGGUGUCGUACACCGUGAUCUAAAGCCAGAGAAUUUUCUUUUCACAACAAGAGAUGAGGAUGCUCCAAUGAAGGUUAUUGAUUUUGGUCUUUCUGACCUUAUUAGGCCUGAUCAACGUCUCAAUGAUAUUGUUGGAAGUGCAUACUAUGUUGCACCUGAGGUGUUAUAUAGAUCUUACAGUCUCGAAGCAGAUAUGUGGAGUGUUGGUGUCAUAACAUAUAUAUUGCUAUGUGGAAGUAGACCUUUCUGGGCACGAACUGAAUCAGGAAUCUUUCGUUCAGUGCUAAGAGCUGAUCCUAAUUUUGAUGAUUCUCCUUGGCCUUCAGUCUCCUCAGAAGCCAAAGAUUUUCUUAAAAGGCUUCUGAAUAAGGACCACAGGAAAAGAAUGACUGCUGCCCAAGCUUUAACUCACCCAUGGUUACGAGAUGAAAAACAUGAUGUGCCUUUAGAUAUUUUAAUCUACAAGUUGGUUAAAUCGUAUGUUCGGUCCUCACCCUUCAAGCGUGCAGCACUAAAGGCUCUCUCCAAGGCUUUAACAGAAGAUGAGCUCAUCUAUCUUAGGGCUCAAUUUAGGCUCUUGGAUCCAAAAAAUGGAUACGUGUCCCUUGAUAAUUUCAGAACGGCCCUCAUGAAAAAUUCAACUGAUGCCAUGAAGAUGUCAAGGGUUUAUGACAUUAUAAAUUUGAUGGAACCCCUCUCACACAAGAAAUUGGACUUCGAAGAGUUCUGCGUCGCUGCAAUAAGUUCAUAUCAGCUAGAAGCUCAUGAAGGAUGGGAGAACAUUGCAAGUACGGCAUUUGAGCAUUUCGAAAAUGAAGGAAACCGGGUCAUCUCUGUUGAGGAGUUAGCACAGGAAAUGAAUCUUGGUCCUACAUCUUAUCAAUUACUCAAUGACUGGAUCCGACCUUCAGACAGAAAACUUACGCUUCUUGGAUACACCAAAUUUUUGCAUGGUGUGACAGUGCGUAGUUCCAAUACUAGACGUCCAUAAAUGUAACCGGGAUAUAUAAUGUUCUCUUCAAAAAUUUACCAACAGUGUUUCGAAUUCUUUUAGAACCUUGCCCGCCCCUUUGGCGAGUGAAGGUGACAAUGGAGUGUCAGGUUGUGAGUGAAGAGAUAUAGGUCCAUGUCAAUAAUUUGAGAGAUUUUAUGCAGAAGAAUUUGUUCAAGACCCUUGAAAACGCAUCGACAUCUUCCUACCAGUUGCGACUGCUGCGAUGGUAGAGGCAAUGCUAUCGAAGAAAGCUUUUGCAUUUACAUUUGUAUGGGUUAUUUUUGUGUUCAAAUCCUUUGAAGGUAAGGUUACAGAGUUUUGUAAUGACAUUCCAAUAUUAAUGUUUACAAGUGUAAGGUUAGAAGAA